AUGGAGGAGACCUUCAGCGCAGCUGCUGGCGGCACUUGCAGCGCGGUGGUCUCUGCAACUGAGGACGGCGCGCUUGACGAGUUCUACGGCCGUGCGCCCUCCCUGGAGGCCCGGAAGCCACCGUGCAAAGCCGCGAUGGCUGAGGACGACAGAGCUGAAUGGCAGAUGCUGGUCGUGCGGCUGGAGUGUGGCAUGCGCUUCCUCCAGGAUGAGCUGCGGCGGGAACGCCAGAAGCGGCGUGAGGCGGAUGCCUGUUGCGAGAGCUUGAACACCGAGCCCUCCGGCUUGAAACGCCAAGCGCAAGAUCUACAAGCUCAGUGCAACGACUUGCGGCAGCUCAGCGAUAAGCUCACGGAGGAGAUCGCCCUACUGCAAAAAGAGAUGGAAGAUCUACAGCCGAAGGAGCCUCCCCAACCACCUUCAGCGGCGUAUCCGGAGGAUUCCGACACUGCAUUGGGGCCGUACCCGCUCCCGCUGUCUGUGCUGCUGGAAUACCUGACUGUGUCGGACAUGGUCAACUGGCGGGUGACUUCCUGGCAGGCAAAGGAUCCCAAGGCCUUGGUGCAGCAUGUGGUGGAGGUGGGCAACUUCCGCAGGCCUUCCUCCGCCAUUGCCUUUGCGGAGAUGAUGGGGGCAAUAAGCGCUGCCUAUGCGAAAGCUCCAGACGCACCCAAGAUCGACGUCAACAUGCGCUAUUGUCAAGACCGAAUUGAUUGCACCCCGAAGUUGUACAAGGAGUUCUGGUGUCAGCUGUGGCACUUGACGCAGGCUGAUCGCGAACUCUGGCAUUUUCCCGGUUCUGAUGUCACCGUGGCUCCAUCGUUGGUGCGUGACCUCCUGGAACACUGUGGCAGCACCGAUCCGGCCCUAGCAAGCGCUGGCUUUCUCUGUUUGAAUAUUGGCCUUGCCAAGGGCAUGCCGGAACUCAAACAAACAACAGCCGCAGGUAUGUUGAGACUGCUGAAGUCGUCCCAGCUGAAGUGCGGAUGGAAGAUGAAAGCUUUGAGGCUUCUAGGACGUUGCAUCGGGUCGAUGAGCAUUACCCUGCGACAAGAAGGUCUGUCUUUGUUGAUGGAGAUGCUGCGUCUCGAGACAGACGUUGGGGUGCGACAAUGCGUUAUCUCCAAGCUGGACCUCCUCUGGCGAGCAGCAGCUGAGGACCCAUCAGACGCGUGGGAAGAAGCAGAGCGCCAGCUGCGGCAGCUGUGCCAGUCUGUGCCUCAAGACGUCCGCGUUGCACUGGAAGCGAUUCUACUUUUUGACUGA